UACUCUUUUCUGCUAAAUCUAAAAUUCGAAUCUUGUCCUCGUUCACUUUCUCCCCUUUUGGUUUUCUUCGGUUGAUUUUUUUCUCCAACUCUGUGUCGCCGGAGAUCUUGAGCUUCGCCGACGAUUAAGCAAUGGGAGUGCCGGCGUUUUACCGGUGGUUGGCGGAGAAGUAUCCGUUGAUAGUGGUGGAUGUCAUCGAGGAAGAGCCCGUCGUUAUCGAGGGCGUCAAAAUCCCGGUGGAUACCAGUAAACCCAACCCUAAUAACAUAGAGUACGAUAAUCUCUAUCUCGACAUGAACGGUAUUAUCCAUCCUUGCUUCCAUCCCGAAGAUAGGCCUUCUCCGACUACCUUUGAGGAGGUAUUUCAGUGCAUGUUUGAUUAUAUAGAUCGACUUUUCAUUAUGGUGCGACCCCGGAAAAUACUCUAUAUGGCUAUAGAUGGUGUUGCCCCGAGGGCUAAAAUGAAUCAACAGCGGUCCAGGCGGUUUAGGUCAGCUAAAGAUGCAGCAGAUGCGGCGGCUGAAGAAGAACGAUUGCGAGAGGAAUUCGAGAGGGAGGGGAGAAAGCUCCCACCUAAAGUGGACUCCCAAGUGUUUGAUUCUAAUGUGAUUACUCCUGGAACAGAGUUCAUGGCUGUUCUUUCCAUUGCACUGCAGUAUUUUAUUCACCUUAGAAUAAAUUAUGAUCCUGGUUGGAAAAAUAUCAAGGUUAUCCUUUCAGAUGCAAAUGCUCCUGGUGAAGGGGAGCAUAAAAUUAUGUCGUACAUUCGUCUUCAAAGGAAUCUUCUCGGUUAUGAUCCAAAUACCAGGCAUUGCCUGUAUGGAUUGGAUGCGGAUUUGAUUAUGCUGGGUUUGGCAACCCAUGAAGUUCAUUUUUCAAUACUUAGAGAGGUGGUCUUUACACCUGGACAGCAAAACAAAUGUUUCUUAUGUGGUCAGAUGGGUCAUUUAGCUGCAGAUUGUGAAGGAAAAGCAAAGAGGAAAGCAGGAGAAUUUGACGAGAAAGGUGAUGCAAAUGGUGUGGUAAAAAAACCAUAUCAGUUUCUUCAUGUUUGGACGCUUAGAGAGUACUUGGAACAUGAGAUGAGGAUUCCUAACCCUCCAUUUGAGCUUGAUCUGGAGCGUAUCGUGGAUGACUUUAUCUUCAUAUGUUUCUUUGUGGGCAAUGAUUUUUUACCACACAUGCCGACUUUGGAGAUUCGUGAGGGUGCGCUCAACUUGCUGAUGGCUGUAUACAAGAAGGAAUUUAGGUUGUUAGGAGGUUAUUUGACAGAUGGAUGCAAGCCGAAUUUGAAGAGGGUAGAGCAUUUUAUUCAGGCUGUCGGAUCCUUUGAAGAUAAGAUAUUUCAGAAAAGAAGCAGGUUGCAUCAGAGGCAAGCAGAAAGAAUAAAGCGAGAAAAGGCUCAAGCAAAAAGAUUGGAUGAUGCAGCACCAACAGUUCAACCAGAUACUAUUGUUCCAGUGGCUAGGUUUCAUGGCUCUCGACUUGCUUCUGCUCCUACUCCUUCGCCGUUUCAGUCAAAUAAUGGAAUCUCUCCUCCCUUCCAGAAAUUUCAGUGUUUAUCUUCAGGGUCCAGUAUUGGUGCAGCCAUUGUUGAUGUGGAGAACAGUCUUGAAUCUGAUGAAAGCGAGAACAAAGAAGCACUAAAGACAAAGCUUAAGGAUUUGAUGCGGGAGAAAUCUGAUGCGUUCAACUCAGACACUCGUGAACAGGACAAGGUGAAGCUAGGGGAACCCGGAUGGAGAGAAAGAUAUUAUGAAGAGAAGUUCUCAGCAAAGAGACCUGAAGAAAUGGAAAGAAUACGGAGAGAUGUUGUUUUGAAGUACACAGAAGGCCUUUGUUGGGUCAUGCAUUACUACUAUGAAGGUGUUUGCUCCUGGCAAUGGUUUUACCCUUAUCAUUAUGCGCCAUUUGCUUCUGAUCUGAAGGAUCUCGGGGAGCUGGAUAUUAAGUUCGAACUAGGGACUCCUUUUAAACCUUUCAAUCAACUUUUAGGUGUAUUCCCAGCUGCAAGUUCACAUGCACUUCCAGAGCUCUAUAGGACCUUGAUGACAGAUCCCCAUUCACCUAUCAUUGAUUUUUACCCGACUGAUUUUGAAGUUGACAUGAAUGGAAAGCGAUAUGCUUGGCAGGGUAUUGCGAAACUGCCUUUCAUCGAUGAAAAUCGUCUUCUAGCUGCUGUUGCCGAAAUGGAAGACACAUUGACUGAGGAAGAAAAACGCAGAAACUGUGUGAUGUUUGACUUGCUUUUCAUAGCAACGUCUCAUCAGUUGGCUGAACUCGUCUUUUCCCUCGACAGCCAAUGUGGACAAUUGACUGCCAAGGAGAAAGUGGACGUCAAGGUCAAGAUUAGACCCGAGCUCAGUGAUUGUAUGAACGGCUACUUGACUCUUUGUUCAGGGGAGACACACCCGCCAAUAUUUAGGUCCCCGAUUCAGGGCAUGGAAGACAUUUUGGCCAAUGAAGUCAUAUGUGCAAUAUACAGGCUCCCAGAUGCGCACAAACACAUAACAAGGCCACCUCCUGGUGUCAUAUUCCCAAAGAAGAGUGUCCAACUAGGAGAUUUGAAACCCGAACCAGUUCUAUGGCAUGAGGAUUCUGGAAGAAGGCCGAUGAAUCAAGACCGAAAGCACCAUCCUGGAAGUUUAUCCGGUCGCCAUCUCGGAGAGGCGGCUCAUCGACUCGUCUCUAACAGCUUGCAGCUGAGAGGAGAUCGCAACGGGCAUCGUAUGACAGAUAUGCAUUCCCAGCCUCUGGAUUACAAUUACAUUCCUCCUCCAUAUGUACCGACCCCUCCUCCCUACCAGAAUUACGGUUAUACCCUUCACCAGCCAGCAACAGGGUAUGGUCCACCUGCCCAUAUGGAUCCACGGAUGAUGCAGGCUCCGUAUGCUCACCCGGGUUAUGCUCAACCUCAGCCUCCUUACCCGAAUUUACCAACACAUGGACCGCCUGGUGUUGAUGAAUACGAAUAUUCCUCCCGUCAUGGUGGUGGCUAUCAGGGCUCCCGACAAUACAGAGGUAGCAGUGGGCAGCAAUUUGGCCAGAGUUUCCCGUCACAGCCUCACCAUAGUACCUCUCGGGGUGGACACCAUGAUUCAAGAGGUUAUGCUGAUAAUUCGAGAGGCUAUGAUCAACGUCAUCAUCAUCAUCAUGGGCAAGGUGCGCAUGACAACUCCCAAGGAUAUGAUUACGAUCGUCAGCAAGGAAGGGAUGAUAAUUCUCGAGGGUAUGGUGAUCAUCAUCACAGAAGAGGAGGAGGAUAUCAAGGUGGGAACUCGUUUUCCGCAUUGCGGCAAAGAAACAGAUAUUAACCUGGCGUGAUUCCCCGCCCUCGGGUCUUAUUGGUUCUCCCCCUUUAUUUUGUUGUACCAUUAGAGAACCCCCAUAAUUUGUAAACUAGGAGAUUGAAUUUGGUAAAGAAUUAUUUGAAUUCGAGAUUGCUUGCGUUAUACUCUAA